GUUACGCCAGUCUCACUAUAGCUGAAACUCGUUGGUUUGUUUGAUUAUCAAUCACUCACCAGUUUUAGCGUAAAAAGCAGGAAGAAAUUGUUUCAAAAUGAUUGUAUUUGCAAUGCAGAUCUUUGUCGGUGCUAUUGAGAUGUUUAACUGGUUCAAUAAAGAACCUGUCGUUGAUGCGAACAAUAACAAAGAAGAGGUACAAACAAACCCUAUUAGUAUUCCUAGGCCAGAAAUUCCACAUAGUAGCAGAUCAGAACCUAUAAUGAGGUCAAAUAACACUGAAGGAUCUCCAAAGACCGAUGAUAAAGCUCCCAAGACCUAUGAUAAAUCACCAAAGACCGAUGAUAAAUCACCAAAGACCGAUGAUAAAUCUCCAAAGACCGAUGAUAAAUCACCAAAGACCGAUGAUAAAUCACCAAAGACCGAUGAUAAAUCUCCAAAGACCGAUGAUAAAUCACCAAAGACCGAUGAUAAAUCACCAAAGACCGAUGAUAAAUCUCCAAAGACCGAUGAUAAAUCACCAAAGACCGAAUCUCCCAAGACCGAUAAUAAAACAAACAGCAAAAAUGGCUUCGGUGGAAUGAAGAAAGGAUUUUUACUUUAAAUUUUAGGUUCCAAGGCAUUUGAAGAAGCUGCAAACAUUAUAUAGGAAGAAACAAGAACCUCAAUGCCAGCUACAGUAAAGUUUAACGGUUACAAUAGACUGGUGCUAUUAAAUAUAUUUCAUCCAGACAAUAGAACAGAGAUGCACAGAUAUCAAUGACGUAGUA